CAUUUUUUUGCAUAUUUGAAUGUACGCAUUGUUUCACUGUAAUAUAGAAAAAUAAAAACAAUUUUCAUCUUAAACUUUAAAGUAGAAAACAGAAGAUUUAGGACCAAGCAUAACUGAUGCUCGGUGUUUCUCUUGUUCAACCUUUUCAAACUUUUGUUCCAUCUGAAGGAAAAUGACCCCAGAGCAUGAUGCUGCACAUUUUACUGUGUGUAUGUUUCUCUCUUAACAUUUGUGCAGUGUUAUUAUUUUUUUAUUGCCAAACAGACCAAAAGUUGUAGUCCAUUAUUCUUCAGAUGAUAACAUGUUUUCAGGAUUUUUGAGAUUGCUGUUUCCAGGGAAGAAGUUCAACUGGAUGUAAGGUGAUUCCCAGAACAGCUGAGGAGCUCACAGAGACCCAACCAGUUGACACAUAACAAGACCAACUUGCAAUUAAGGCACUGAAGCUGAAUCCUUAAUAACAUCCAGCUGAUUACAGGAUGAAUUUAAUCUUUUUUUUCCCUUUGCAGACACAUUACAUUUUAACAACGGAUGGAUACAUUUUUGACAGCCACGUUCUCAGAUGAAAUUGAGGGGAAAGAUCUGCAGAAAUUCUCACUGAACACGCUCAGUGGUGCAGGCACACUGACUUACUAACCGGAUCUCUUCUAAGACACCGCACUGGAGACGGAGAGCACGAGUGAGGGAGAGAGCCAUCGAGCAAGCGCAAGAGGAGGGGAGAGGAAAAGAGAGAGCACAGCAGAGUAAAAAGAGGAAAAAACAGAGGAGGAGGAGGAAGAAGAAGAAGCAGAGAGAAGGAGAAAGUCGCGGGAGGAAGGAGGAGGAGAAUGCUCGGCGUCUGGGCAACACUUCCACGCUUGUGUCCAGGGCCUUUGUGAAUACACCAUGGGAUGCAUCGGCUCCAGGAGACUGACGGCAGAUAGCGUGCCGGUCCAGAAGGAUGGGGAGCAACUGUCCAUGGAGGACACCACAUCAAUCCUGCCUCGACUCAAGAGGAACUCAAAUGUCUAUGGCAUCGGGGCUUUGGCUAAGUCUUCUCUGUCAGGUGUGUCAGGAGUCAGCCGCACCAUGAAGGAAAGAGUAACCAAGCCCACAGCGAUGGCCCAGGGCCGUGUUGCUCACAUGAUCGAAUGGCAAAACUGGGGCAUGCAGACAGUUGGUGCAGGAGGAAUCCCCCAGUCCCGCAUCAGCACCCAAGAGCGGGAAAAAGAGCGGCGGGCCGAGAACGACGCCUACAGCGACCUCAGCGACGGAGAAAAGGAGGCCCGGUUUGCUGCAGGCAUCCUGCAGCAAUUUGCUAUCUCAGAGGCAACGCUGUUGGCGUGGUCGUCGAUGGACGGGGAGAGCCCCCGGUCGGGUUCAAACCAGGGCAGCGUGGCUCACCUGAGCGAGGUCAACCAGGAGAGCAUCACCAGUCGAGAUCAGAUAUUACACCAGUCCUCAGCAGAGAUGUGGCCUCACACGUACGUCUCCCAGGGCCACUACUGCCUCUCGUCCUCCGACGCCUGGGAACCGACCCACAGCGACCCUUCGGGCGUGGCGUCUCCCCCAGCUGGCUCCUACAUCAUGGGGACGGACAGCUACGAUGGGCAGGCGGCGGCUCACUUCCUGUCCCAGCAGCAGCAGCAGCAGCAGUACAACCUCCAGCAGCAGAGCCACCUCCAGCAGCUGCAGCAGAUCCAGCAGUACCAGCAACAGCAGCUCCUGCAGUAUCAGCAACAACAGGCUCUGGAGCACCGGCUGCACAGUGCCAACCACUCUCUGCAGGCGACACCCAACAGCACCAUCCACAGUCUGGUUCAUCAGGUCCACCCACCGCUGGUUGAUCUGUGGAACACGGGGCAGAUGGAGGCCUAUCACGCGGAGGCCGGAGGCUACAUGGGCGUAGCGGCGAUGGUGGAGGCGGGCCUGUGUGUGCCGGCGGCGGAGGAGGUGGUGGGAACCGAACACUCCCCGCUACUGGAGCAGCAGGAGGAGGAGCAGCUCAAGGUGAGGACAAAACGUGGCUUUACGGGACGAUUUUCUCCUCAGGAAUUGAUGCCUGACUUUAUCUGAGACGAGGCUGGGAGGGACCACACAGAGG